CUCUAGAGUGCGACCCCCGCGGCCUUUCCCGUGUCGAAUCUGGCGCUCCGAACGUCCAGGCUUCGCGGCGGCCCUGGACCUGGAAGGGGCGGGGUGGGCAGAGCCGGAGUUGGAUUGCGCGCUGGGGAAGCGCGGCCCUUUGGACUCGGGCGUCUGAACCGAGGCUGAGAGAAGACCGAAUUGUGAGUGGCGCAGAUCCGGGCUGGCCCGGCCCGGCCCAGGCGGCAGGGCGGCGCGUGUGUCCGGCCCGCGCCCGAGCCCGGCCCGCGCCCGAGUCCGGCCCGCGCCCGAGCCCGGCCCGCGCCCUCGAGCCCAGAGCCCUCGGGAGCUCGCACAGCAUGGCGGCCCCCGGGGCGCGCAGCGCGAGCCUGUCGGGCCUGCUGCCCGCGCAGACCUCGCUGGAGUACGCCCUGCUGGACGCCGUCACCCAGCAGGAGAAGGACGACCUGGUCUACCAGUAUCUGCAGAAGGUGGACGGCUGGGAGCAGGACCUGGCGGUGCCCGAGUUCCCGGAAGGAUUAGAAUGGCUGAACACAGAAGAGCCUCUUUCUAUUUACAAGGAUCUGUGUGGAAAAGUGGUUGUCCUUGAUUUCUUCACAUACUGCUGCAUUAACUGUAUUCACCUGUUGCCUGAUCUCCAUGCCCUAGAGCGCAGAUUCUCCGAUCAAGAUGGUCUUCUGAUUGUCGGUGUUCACUCAGCUAAGUUUCCAAAUGAAAAGGUCCUGGACAAUAUCAAGAGCGCUAUCCUUCGAUACGACAUCACCCACCCUGUGGUUAAUGACUCAGACGCCAGCCUCUGGCAGGAGCUUGAAGUCUCUUGCUGGCCAACACUGGUCAUACUGGGACCUCGUGGAAACAUGCUGUUUUCUUUGAUUGGAGAGGGACACAAAGAUAAACUGUUUUUGUAUACUUCUAUCACUUUAAAGUAUUACAAAGACAGGGGGCAGAUCAGAGAUGGAAAAGUUGGGAUAAAACCCUUCAAAGAGUCUCUGCCACCUUCACCAUUGCUGUUCCCUGGCAAAGUAGCAGCAGACCAUGCUACCGGCAGACUGGUGGUAGCAGACACUGGGCACCAUCGAAUCUUGGUCCUUCAGGAAAAUGGACAGAUUCAGUACAGCAUCGGAGGACCUAAUCCUGGAAGAAAAGACGGAAUGUUUUCAGAGUCAUCUUUUAAUUCUCCACAGGGGGUAGCUAUCGUGAAUAAUGCUAUCUAUGUGGCUGACACUGAAAACCACCUUAUAAGAAAGAUUGACCUAGAAGCUGAGAUGGUGAGCACCAUAGCUGGCGUUGGCGUUCAAGGGACAGAUACAGAGGGGGGACAGAGAGGGGAGAAACAGCCCAUCAGCUCCCCUUGGGACGUCGUGGUUGGAACCUCAGGUUCAGAGGUCCAAAGAAAUGACAUCCUGUGGAUAGCCAUGGCUGGGACUCAUCAGAUAUGGGCACUCCUCCUGGACUCUGGCACACUGCCAAAGAAAAGUGAGCUCAAAAAAGGAACCUGCCUUCGUUUUGCUGGGAGUGGAAAUGAAGAGAAUCGAAACAAUGCAUAUCCUCACAAGGCGGGUUUUGCCCAACCUUCAGGUCUCUCUCUAGCCUCAGAAGAUCCCUGGAGCUGCCUCUUCGUAGCAGAUAGCGAGAGCAGCACAGUGAGAACCGUGUCACUCAAAGAUGGAGCAGUGAAGCACCUUGUCGGAGGAGAACGCGACCCCACGAAUUUAUUUGCUUUUGGUGAUAUUGAUGGAGUAGGCAUCAAUGCGAAGCUUCAGCAUCCACUUGGGGUGGCGUGGGACGAGAAGAGGAAUCUGCUCUAUGUGGCAGACUCUUAUAAUCACAAGAUUAAAGUUGUGGAUCCAAAAACAAAAGUCUGCACAACGCUAGCAGGCACCGGAGAUGCAAAGGGUGCAGAGUCAGCCUUUAACGAGCCUGGAGGCUUGUGUGUUGGGGACAGUGGUCGGCUGCUGUAUGUAGCAGACACUAAUAAUCACCAGAUUAAAGUGGUGGAUCUAGAAGCAAGGACAGUGUCUGUGCUCCCGGUCUACAAGCCUGCCAGUGCCGUGGUAGACGGCCCCUUCCCUAGAGAGAAGCUGAAGACAGUGCCCAAGGUGCCCAAGUCUGCCCCACACAUUCAGCUCGCCCCUGUGACUGUGUGUCCUGGCCAGACGCUGCAGCUCAAGCUCAAGCUAGACCUUCCACCAGGAGCGAAGCUGACGGAAGGCGUGUCCAGCUGCUGGUUCCUCACUGCUGAAGGCAAUGAGUGGCUUCUUCAGGAGCAGAUCCCAUCUGGAGACAUAGAGAACAUUUCCAGUCAACCAGCAAUCUCACUGCGGAUCCCCACCAAGUGCUUGUCACUUGAAGCUGUGGUUUCUGUCAGCGUGUUCCUGUACUACUGCAGUGCCGACGGCGGCGCUUGCAUGAUGACAGGGGUCUUGUUCAGGCAGCCUCUGCAGAUAGCCGAUGCCCAGCCAGGCUGUGGAGCUACUGUGGAGCUCACACAUGUAUUCUAGAGAGCCAGCCAGGAGCCCUCACCACAGCCCCAUCCGUCCUCUAUCUGUCCUUUGGGGGGAAAGCAUUCUAGAAACCCAUUGCUCAGUUGUAACAACUGAUACCAAAAUAAAGUUGUGCUCCUUAUUAACAUUUUAAUUCUAAACAAAUCUCUUCAUUUUAGCUGUGUACUAGACAGGUCAUUGACAAUCAUUUGAACCACAGUAGUGGAAGCUUUGCCGCUACUUGGCACAAAGCUGCAGUCUGUGCUAUAUCAGAGACUGUUGUAAUUUGCAGUCAGUACUAAUACCAGUUGUCUUAAAUAACCUCUCCUGCCUUAUCAGUAGCAGUCAGCCCAUUUCAUGUGUAAAUUUCAUAGUGACUGGACAGGCCUACGCUGUGUACCUUUAUAUAAGGCACCUCCAUUUAGUGUCUAAGGUCUGUUUAAAGGCAGAACAAAAGCUACAUUCAGUAAAAGCUUAGAGAGCACAUGAGUGGUUACUUAUUAUCUCUUCUGUCUUUUUUCUCAUCUGAAGUAUUUUUAAAAGAGUUUUAAUCUAUUUUUAUUAUAAAUUAUUUGUUUUAAGAUGCCAUUAUUAAUGCCUUAUAACUUUAUACAGAAAGAAGAAACAAAGAAUUUCUAAGGGCAUGCAGACUUCUUUUUAACUAUUUUUUUAAUGAACAUAUUCCUACCAGACAAUGCCUGGCUCCCCAGAGACACGCUGGUUGUUGAGGUGGGGUUUAGGCUGUGUUGCUGUAUAUGGCAGUUUGUUGUGAUGGUGGAAUUUGAUAUAAGUGAGUACUAUGUUAUUUUGGAAAUUCACAUUUCAGUUUUAAGAGUUAAACACAGAUUUAUUGGCUUUGGGAUUUUUGUUAUUGGUUUGGUUCCCAUAUUUAGAAUUGAAAUUAUGAUCAUUAAUUCUGACAUUUUGAAAAAAAUCACAUGUAAACCUUCAAAUUGCUUAUUAUCAAUGUACAGUGUUUUAAUGCGGUUGACAGGCAUAGUUAUCCUAAUAUACUUUCAUUUAAAGUAUUAGGGCUGAAGCACAGUCAUUUGCUGACACCGCUUUGGUAUUUGUUUCUGUAGCCUCAUAAGAAACAUCCCUGAGAAGGGUGCUGGAGGGUUGAUCCUCAUGGUUACUGUAAUUACCAUAGAUUGUCUUCAUGAUGAUGAUGUUGAAAGCCCACUUGCUGCUUUAAAGCUGACUUGGCGUAUUUUUAUUUGAAUAAAUCACGAGAUUUCAGAAGCAUCAGUUGAGCCCCACAUAUAAACUCAGUGGGUGUCUGUAGACAGCUUGUAUAGCAUGCCUCCCUUCCUGCCUCAGAAGUACCAGAUAGGAAGUGGGAUUAUUUAAGUAUCAUUCUACACAUUGAUUUUUGACAUAGUUUUAAUAGGUAAUAUUUGCUUGUUUUAUUACUGAGUUAGCUAAAAACUCUCUGAAGUAAGCACAUUUAGAUCCUGACUUUAAUUAGUAACCUGAAAAAAGCUACUUUUUAAGAGAAAUGCCACUGGAAAAGGAAAGGAAAGGGGUCUUGAUUAGAGUUAUACUAAUAACUUCAGGAACCUUUGCUUCCAGAACUAGCUGCAGCAAACGUUGUACAGCUGCAGUCUGUGGCUGAUGUGCUGUGCUGUGGUGAGUGCACCUUAGUGUAUUUCAGCCUUGUUUGAUUUCUUGUAUUCUCAUUUCCACUUGGACAGGAUGAGAAUAUUUUGGCUCAGCCAUUUCCUCUUUGAGGACAUAAACAGUGUCACUCUCUAGAACAGAGUCUAUACAGUUUAAUUAAUGUAGCAAUAAUGGUAAUUUAUUUUUCACUCUAAAAACACAAGUAUGUAUUCUGUAGUUUCAUGUACCUUAAAAUCCCUAAAUCCUCUUGAGAAUCCCUUGGCGUUACCUUUGUCUGGGCACAGUCUAAGUUUAGUCUUCAGUGACUUGAGUGGUUCCUUGAUCUUCAAAAUACACAGCUUAACUUCUCCUUCUCACCCCUGCCUUUCCACAUUGCUGUCUACACUAAAAUAUUGUCGGUAGUGGGUUCAUGUAGCUUUAGAAAACACCCUGAACAGUGCACAUAGGUUCCUAGAUUGAUGGAUGACACAAAUGUCACAUUAGAAAACACUGGAGAGUUGUUUUAAAACUUCAGGAUCUGCCGAGGCCUUCUGUUCUCUCUAUGGGCUUUUUAAUUGUUUCGUGGCCUCUCUGCUCUGGGCCUCAUACCACUGAGAUAAUGAUUUGGGGCCAGGUUUUUGUUUUCAUUUUUUUUUGUUGUUUGUUUGUUUGUUUUUUGCAAAGUUAGAAAUUUGGGGAAGAUAAUGAAAAUGUACACCUAUAGUUUUGCCACAGAUUCAGAACUGACUGUUGGUUUUUGUCUGUCAGCUGAAGAGACUUCAGCUUGGUUGUUGCCUUUGGCAGAAUGUUUUAGACAAGUCACCAAAGACUAGAAUUGUAACUCAGGAGGAGGUUUCUUUGGUAUGCAGAGACCCUGGCUGGGUUCAGUCCUCAGAGGGGGCAGGGAAAUGUCAUCAAAAGCAAAGUUUUGUAGUGCACACUAACAUAAAAAUGUUUGCGGGGGGCUGUGUCACUAAUGCUUCUAAAUGAGUAAACUCUCGGUGUUUCACUUUAACUCUACUUCUCUAUGUUUCGAUGAUCAGUACUUUAAGAAGAAAAAUCUGAAUUAUAAGCACUAAUGCAAUAGCUUUUCUAAAGCCACUUAUAUUACAAAGAUGGGGGUAUAUUCUAGAGGCUUUUCAUUUACCAGUUUUCUUUAAAAUGAAUUGGUGAGGGCAGGAAUAAUUAUAGUGUUUCUGUUGUGUAGCACAGUGUGGUUGCAAGAGUAUGUACUCUGUGGACGCGUCUAACCCUAUAAAGCAGGGCUGCCUGGGCUUGCUGCCAGGAUUCGGUGAAAUGUUCACACGGCAUUUAGCACAAAGUAAUUUAUGAACUGCUACUUAUCAGUUUAGUUACUAAUAAUGACAAUAAUUUAUGGCCACAGACACGUGCUUGACAUUUUCUUCACAACUCCAGUUUCUAAAGCAAAACAUUUCUCCACCAUUUGUCAUGUUAGUGGACCCAGUAGGGUCUGUGCUCAGGAAGAAAAAGAACACUUUCUGGUAGGACAUAUCACUGUUUCACAAACACUAUUGUUUGUAAAGAAGCACCUCCAUACUGUAGCGAAGGAUUUAAAAAGACCGUCUGGAACUUUAACCAAUAAACUUGUUUCAUAGAGAAUCCAGACAUAGCCGGAGACCUCACCACACCCUUAGAACUUGUACAAGCAUCCUCAGAUUGCAACCUCAGCAUGCUGGGAGGGAGCAACCCGGGAUGCUGUUCUCUGGGAUCUUCAGAGACUAGAUAGGUGUGUGCUGUGCAGAGAAAGGGAGCUGCUUUGGUGUGUGGAUGGCCUGCUUGCGGGUCAGGAGGCUCCUGGGAUAGAGUUCAGUGCCUAGAAGAGGACCUAGUAUGCAGGGGUGCUGGGUAUCCUUGACUAACUGCUGUGACUAGUGAGCAGCAGGCAUGAUUGAGGCUCCUGCAAGGUACAGAGCGGAGAACCUGCUGAAGGAGGAGUGUUUCUGUACCCACUUCCUCAGGCCACAGGACACGGGCAGAAGGAUAGUUGCGUUUGUUGAGUUCUUUCCAUCCACUGGCACAUUCCCAAGUGCUGUGUGUGUGUUCCACACGUCCUCACAGCAGCCUUACGAUAGAGCCGGGUCCCUCCUCCUUGAAGCCAGGGCGAUCAAGACCGUACACCCAGGAAGGGGCAGACCCUGGACAGUCAUCUGCCCCACUGCCUGCUGUGUCUUAGGCAUACAUAGUUCACAUACUUCACUCCUGUAUGUAAUAACUCACCAAUCCAGAGAAUUCCAGGAGCCCUAGGAGUGAGUGGUUUUGAAAUUCAAAUAAUGGCAUUUAAAUGACAUGACUUUUCAUGGGCUCUUACCACCUAGGCCUUGAAAUGAUGUAUGUAAUUGUUAUUUCCCAAAGGAUUUUCUAUGGCCCUAAUUUCAGCCGUUAUCCUCAGUUUUUCUAACAGGUAUGUGUACAGGAAAACCAGUUAGUUCCAGCAGGACUGUCCAAAUGCGCUUGUCAUGACCCUGAGAAGUUCACUCCUGUUGGAGACAAUGUUUUGUGAGCCAAAGUGAGGUGUAGAAGUAUGAAGUCCUCUGCCUUCCUCCAUCCUUAACGGUCCUGGUGUACCCCUAGUGAUUCAGAAGGUGUUCCCGAGGUCUGCUUGGCAUUGUGAGGCAAACUGCUGCAUGCCAGUGAUGGUUUCUAAUGGGCAUCCCAGUGCAGAGUGUCCGUCCAGGGUCAAGUAGCAUGGUGGUGAAGCAGGCCUGUGGUGCAGUAAGGAAGUGGCUGCCCGUGUCACAAGUGCCAUCCCUGCUGUCCCUGUGAAACCCGUCUGACCUUGACAGUGGAGUAGCCGCAUACUUUAAGGUAGACCUCGGUGCUCAUCCCCAAGAUGUCUUUCCCACCUGUGUCCCAGCUUAAGUGAAGAACUAGCGGUCACCCUGCGUCACAUUACCCGGCGUAACGACAUCUGCGUUUCUCCCAUUUCUUUGCACUAGGGAAUAGAAAGAACGGCCAUAAAAGUUACAGGCUUUGGUGACUGAACCACAUGGCAUCUACGGCUAAUACACCUUGGCUCCCCAAUGUGGCGACUUGUAGACUGGUGCCUCAGCUCCCAGGUGGCCGCUGAGAGCAUACAGGCUGUCAGAGGACUAGGACUCAGCGCUCCUGCAGGCGUUUCUAGUCAGCCUUUGCCUUAGUGUGCCACUCUGUUUAAUCCUUGUCAGAGGUCAGAGUUGAAAGGCUAAAACCCUAGAUACGUGUGGACUGUGUGUCUGGGUACAGUUACUCGUUCUUGGUGUGUCCUUUCCUCCCCUGGCAUGGCACUCCAGUGUGCCUGUGGACAUUCUGCUGUUGACAGCCUCCUGACCCAAAGGAAAACACUGCAGGCCUCUUCAAAUGCACUUCCCCUGUGUGCACAUCAGCCUUAGGUUAGAAGUGAAUACUAAGCCAGCAGCCUGUACCAAAAGUGUUCUGUGGCUGCCCUGCCCAAGAAGUGGACUUGAGCAAAAUUGCUUUUUUUAAUAUGAAAUUUGAAGCUGUUCAGUGUAGAGAAGCCCUUGGUACUCUUAGGGUAUUUAGUUACAGCUUUCCAUUUGAAAUAAAACAAAAGGGGAGAGGGAUAAAGAUCCUCUGCGAUACAGACAGUUCAAAAAGAAUUAUUAUUCUGUACCUAGUUUCAUGAGAAAAUAUGUUGUGAUAAAAAAGACCAUAAAGGGAAAAAUACACAAGUCCCUAACGUAGCCAUUGAACUAUCUCCUAUUUCAAAAAUUCAUUGUCUUUCUUUCUAGUUCCACCAGAAACACAAGGUAGUUUUGUUUGCAUAGAAUUGGGGUGCAUUGAUGUGUGCCUGUGAUGGCCUCAUCGCAGUUUACCUGCUCAAAACUAAGCCGGCGCCCGCUUCCACCUCAGAACCCGGCAGUUUCUGGAGAGCCUUUGCUGAGGAGCCAGGGCUCCACAGAGCUGGCAAUGGGGAAGGUGUUGUGAUGAUAGUCAGUUUUCAAAGGCAGAGAGAGCUGGCCUGUGUGACUUCCCAUGCUCUGGAGUCAAGCUUCCUAGUUGUACCUGGGCUGAUGGUGUAGUUUUUGAUCUCUCUGGAGGAGUGUGUGGGGAGCCAGUGCAGACACUCUGACAGUCAUUCCUUCAGGCUUGCUAUGUAGUCAUGAUUGCCAUCUGUCUGUCACUCCUUCAAGGUACGGUUUAUAGACAUGUAGGAGACUCUUCCCAUCUUGUGUGCAUAAUUGUAAUUUCAUUUGUGAGACUAGAGGUGACCUGCUGUGAUGACUUUAUGCUUAAGCAAUACAGAUACUGUUCAGAUACUGAUAUUUCUAGACAUGGUCUAGUCCUGAAAGAAUUCACUUGCUGUGCGUUUUUAAGUGUUCAAUGUAGAUGGAUUAAUAUAUUUUUAUGCAACUGUGUAUUUUACAUUUAUUUGUAGACCAAACUCCAGUGGAUUAUAAAAUAUGUUGUUUAGGUGGAAUCAGAGCUUGGUGGCCUUCAUUAACUCAAACAAAGUGUGAUACCUAGGGUCAUGAGGAGCAGGAGUGUGUUCCUACUGUGCAGUGUGAUUCCUGGGGUCCUGGGAAGCAGGAGUGUGUUCCUACUGUACAAUGUGAUUCUUGGGGUUCUGGGAAGCAAGGGUGUGUUCCUACUGUACUGUGUGAUGCCUAGGGUCCUGGGAAGUUGGGAGUGUGUUCCUAUUGUACAGUGUGAUUCCUGGGGUCCUGGGAAGCGGGGGUAUUUACUGUACAUGGAAACCUAAACCUCUUUUCCAAAGCUUUGUACUCUUUUUCAUGAAAUAGAUUAAAUAUAUUCUCUCUAAA